AUGGCCACAUCUUCGGCCUCGCCCCCGCCGGGAGAAGCGAAGCCCGUGGUCUUCGUGCACAACCCAAGGAGUAGCGAAGGAUCGCCCGGCGUAAGGCCGAGCCCAGUGCCGGACACCAAGCAUGAGUCCAUCAUGCAGGAAUUCGUGCAUGCCCAGAUGAUGACCAUUCUGCAGCCCUUCGUCGAUCAGCUGGAACUUCUCAGCGACGGGCUGAGCGUGGUCACCGCCCAGACAGCUGACGUACAGGUUGAGGUGUCCCAGCAGCGCGAGCAGAUCGUGCAACACCAGGGCCGCCUCAAUGGACUAGACGCCCGAGUUGUGGAAGGCAGCUCUGCGAUCCAGGAGGUGAACAAGAAGGUGAACGCCCUGGUGGCGCAAACUGAUUACUUGUGCUAA